AUCCAGUCGCGCCGAUACGGUUUGCUAUUCUACAUGCAACAGCUGAUCGCAUUUUUUAGUUUGUUGUAAAUUAGUAAAUUUUCUACAAGUCAAAAAGUAAUCUUGUGAAAAGUGAAUUAUUGUGUUUAAAUAUUUCUAAUUUGUGUCCUUCAUCAUGGAAUUGGACCCAGAUAUUGUUAAAGAAUUUGAACAAUUAGAAGUUUCAUCGCAAAAACCUUCAGAAGAAGAUUUGGAUAAAUUCAAUGAAAAUGAGCCUCUUAAGGCAGUGAGCAGUUGUGGAAAAAAUAAGUUGCCCUUAGCUAAUCAUCAUACAUAUACUACUAUACCCAAGUUUUUUCACGCACCACCAGCAGCUAAUGAUACUUUAAGACAAAAUUUACGCAAAGAAGCCCAUUCUCUAUUUCUGCAAAAACGUUCCCAAGAGCUGUUGGACAAUGAAGAGUUAAAUACGUUGUGGUCCAUUCUGGAAAAACAUUGCACACAAGUGACACCUUUAGGCCAGCAAUUAAUCGGUUAUGAUGACUAUUUGAAAGUUAUGCAGGCAGUUAGUGUCAAAUGCCGUAAAUAUUUAACAGCACGUUUAUUUGCUAAACUGCAAUGCCACUCUGGUUAUCCAGGAAAAGUUGAAAUUGUUUCCAUUUUCAAUUACACUAUGCGCAAAGUGUGGCUGACACAGGGACGCAUAGGUCUUUCAUUCUACGAUGAUGUGGGUCAGGGUUAUUUAAGAGAAAUCGACAUGGAAAACUAUAUUAUUGACAUAAUACCCACAUUAGCACAAAUCAGCAGCUGUGUCCAACCCUCAUUUCAAAGUUUUUAUGUUUGUACAGUUGUUAAGAAAUUCUUUUUCUUUUUGGAUCCCUUACACACUGGUCGCAUAAGAAUAAGAGACAUUUUAGCCUCUGGCCUGCUCACCGAACUGCUGGAAUUAAGAGAUGAAGACUCAUCCAAAGAAUCUCAAGAACACAAUUGGUUUUCUAUGCCCUCAGUACUAACGGUCUAUGGCAACUAUUUAAAUCUCGACAAAGAUCACAAUGGCAUGUUGAGCAAACAGGAAUUAGCCGAUUAUGGUUCCGGCACACUUACAUCUGUAUUUUUGGACCGGGUUUUUGAUGAAUGUCGUACAUUUGAUGGUGAAAUGGAUUAUAAAACAUUUCUCGAUUUUGUUUUAGCACUCGACAAUCGCCAUGAGCCACAGUCUCUACAUUAUCUAUUUCGCAUUUUAGAUGUUCAACAUAAAGGCUAUUUAACGGCUCAAACAUUACAUUACUUUUUCAAAGGCAUUCAAGAACAAAUCCGAGCUGUGAAUGCAGAAUCGGUGAAUUUUGAAGAUUUGAAAGAUGAAAUAUUUGAUAUGGUCAAAUCGAAAGAUCCCUAUAAGAUAACACUGCAGGAUUUGAUUAAUUGCGGCCAAGCGGAAACGGUUGUCUCCAUAUUAAUUGAAUUUCACAAAUUCUGGGCUUAUGAAAAUCGUGAAGAAGGUUCUCAUAAUGUUUAAUUUAUAUUUUACUUAUUUUAAGAACAUAAAUGUUUUAUACUAUUUUUUUUUAACUUUACAAAAAUACUUUCAUACAUUUCACCAAAACUAAAGGUGAAUGUUUGCACGAAGAAAAGGAAACCUAAUGAAAAUUUUUAUAUUUUCAAGUGAAAACAACGACUCUCAGAGUGGUAUAUUAUGUGUGUCCUGUACUCGUUGGUAGCUGAGGUUAAAUACAUGGAAUAUGAUUUCUAUGUAUGUUUUAUAUUUAAUUAUUAUAUUUUUGUAUUUGCCUUUGGCUAACAUUCAACAAUUUUAGUGUUUUUCAUUAAGUAUUUAACAUUUAUUUAAUAUGUAUUUUCUAGUACUUAAUUUAGAAUUUAAGAAAUUUGUAUAUAAUUUAAUAAUUUAAUUGACUGAUCCGUUUAAGAUUUUUAAGUGGGUAUAGAACAUUUUAUUAGGAAGUUUUUCCAUAAAUAAAAUAAUCUUAACUAAAGGAAAAUUAUAUUGUAUUCAUACUACGCCCAUUUUCUUACAAUAAACCAUCAACAACUGUAAUAUGCUUUUAUGAAUAUGGGGUAGGUCUGUAAGUUAAAUAAAAAGUACUUAAUUAACAGAUAAUAA